AUGUCACCCAAGAGACCAGAUCCCCUCCGAUGUCGAAAACUUCCCGGUGCAGCCGACACGCUGGUGGUGAUGAAGACGGGGGCUACAGAUUUCACCAGCCAAGUCCCGACGCAUUUCGACACGACAUUCGUAUGUGCGCCGAAUUACAUCAUUUUCAGCGACCACGAGGAGAUAUUUCGUGGCCAUCAGAUCCACGAUGUCCUCGCGACUGUUAGUGAAGAGCUCCGCGCGGAGCAUCCAGAUUUCGAAAUCUACCGGAGACUGAGCCAGUCUGGUCGAUCAGCAUUGGCGCCGUACGAAAACAAGCAGAUCAAUUUCAAGGCCGUGGAUGGGGACGUGACGGGUGGCAAAGGGGAUUCGGCGGGCUGGAAGUUGGAUAAGUGGAAGUUUUUGCCUAUGUUCCAUCAGACACUCACGCUCUCGCCAGGCUACAAGUGGUACAUGUUCAUCGAACCGGACUCGGCGAUCUUCUGGUCCACGGUUCUGAAAUACCAACAGCAGCUCGACCAUUCCAGGCCCUACUACAUGGGUUCGCAAGUCCUCAUUGGUGACCUAGAAUUCGCUCACGGAGGCUCAGGUUACCUCGUCUCUGAUGCGGCUCUAAAGCGUGUGGUGGAUUACUACCUCGCGCACAAGGAAGACCUCGAAAAAUUCAACGAGGAGCAGUGGGCGGGCGAUGCCGUUGCAGGCGAGACCUUCAAGCGAGCCGACGCAUCGUUGACGAGGGUGUGGCCGAUUGUUCAGGGCGACCAUCCUGGGGAGUUUCCUUGGGGACGAGAUCACGGAGACAAGCCGUUGUGGUGCUUCCCGACUAUGACAUGGCACCACAUGUCCGCGGCGGAUGCCGAGAACAUGUGGGAUUUCGAGCAGCGGUGGAUUGCUGAUGGGGGUCUGGACAACACCACAAGCGGUGGCUACCUCCGCUACCGCGACGUCUUCACAUUUUAUGUCCAGCCACAAAUGAAGACCGCCAAAUCCGGGUGGGAUAACGGCAGCUCCGACAUCGAGGGGCAACUCACAGACCUCCCCAGCUGCUACCGCGCUUGCGAAAAGGACUCGGCGUGUUUGCAGUACCGGUUCAAUUUGCAAACCAAGAAGUGCACGACGUCGAAGGAGCCGAGGCUGGGCAAGAAGGCGUUGCAGAUGGAGGAGUUUGUGAGUGGGUGGUUGUACGACAGGGUGGAAGAGUGGAGGAGGAAGAGGCCGGCGUGUGAGGAGGAUUUGUGGAUUGAGGGGAAUGAUUGA